ACACGAGCAAGUCACUUGGUUUAGAGCCAGGAUAGAAGACUGAUAGAAGGCAGCUUGAAGCUAACGUUUAUGACGUGUCUGGGGUCCCGAGGAGUUCAGUAGAAACUGGAACUCCAAUAUCCUCACGGGGUCCCCACGUCUAGAUCACAAUCCACAACCGCGGUCACUGCGCUCAUCGUCGAGCAUGGCGGAUGCUGCUUUCAAGGACGUUCCAGAGAUCUUUGAGGUGGAGCUUGGCGAAUCAUUAACUGCGCGGACCGAAUGUCUAUCAACGUUUCGUGAACUGGGACCUCCGGAUUUGGUUCAUGUUGUAAAGAGUACGGGACGCAGUGGUCAACGCGACAUUGGAUCCUAUCACUAUGUUUCUGGAGUAGAUGCAUCUUCGUCUGCCUCACUAGCCGCUUAUAUCAACUCCUUGACCUAUGCCCUUGAAGACGAUUCGGGAUGGUUUAGUAAAGGCACAGGAUGGAAAGUGCGAAAUGGAUGUUAUUGCUGUUUCAACGCGUUCUCGAGAGUAGACGUUCGUGUUGACGUCAAGAUUCCGGGAGGCGUGAACGCAUAUGUGAUCGACUUACGUGGCGAACGACAUGAAGCAUCUCCCGAAAUAUGGUUAGAGACUUAUCUCUCCGCCCUCCUUCGCGCCAUUCUCUAUUCCGACGACCCAAAUUACUGGCUAGAUGCAUACCGCAAGCUCGAUCCUAUCACUGCACCCGAAGGCGAACUUCGUUUCCUCAAAGCGGCCGAAGCACUAUUCAUGAAAGGCUGGCAAGUGGGCUCGGAUCCGGAGAUACAGGUCGCCACAGUGGUCUCUAACCAUUUGACGAAUGCGAUCAUGAAGUAUUUUGGGGAUAGUGGCCGGUACCAGCAUGCUGCGAACUUGUUCGAGAAAUUGGUCGGAAGGGAACCGGAGGUCUCAUCGUUGUUGGCAAAGUCAUACAUUGGAAUGAAUGAGGAAGUCAAGGCUGUCCAAAUCAUGGCCGCAGCGAUGAAACAGACACCACAAUCCUAUACACUCCUCCAUGUUCAAUGCGAUUUUUUACGGUCGAAGGGUAACUUCGAAUGGGCACUGAAGCUGGCGAGACAGGCGGUCAAUUGUGCGCCAAGCGAGUUCGUGACAUGGGAGAAAUUGACAGACAUUUAUAUCGACCUUGGGGAGUACGAAUCAGCACUUCUCACACUCAACUCAUGUCCCAUGUUCACCUACAACGGACGAGAUGCACAUAGAAACCUUCCCGCGUCACGUAUUCACCUGCCACCGAAGGGUCCUAUAGUGGACAUCCUGCCGGAACGAACAAAAACGGAAGAAGACGAAGCCGAUCCUGCUCUUGUUCGUCUCCCUGCACCGGGGCUUCGCGGCACAUGGGCAAGAGCAUACGCUCUACUCACACGUCUAGUCUCGAAAAUUGGUUGGGACGAAUUGCUCAAGACGAGGAGUGCCGUCUUUGUCAUGGAGGAAGAAUAUCGCAUGCAGAAGCAGCAUAGUGACAUCCGCGUCGCCAGCCCUUCUUCGCCAAAUGGCACUACUAGUGAGACUGUCAUCCAUGAAGAUGGGUCUGUUUCCAAGAGUGCGUCGAAAGGCGACACUUUGGGCGAGAGUUCGACGCUUGCGGACGAUAAUGCUUCGACUAGAGGUGUGCGGUCUACUACACCUGCACAUUCGAAUAGAAACUCCGAAGUUGAGGUUGACAAUUCUACGAAUGGUCUUCCGACGAUCAGGAUAUCGACGGAGAGUAAUCGUGAACGGGCUGUCAAGUCACAGGUGGAAGAUGACGAAAAGGCAGAAGUCAAUGGGAAGUUGGAGGAGCCUGCCGGAGCGGCAGCUAUAGAUGGGUUGGAGAAGCCAGUUCAGGCAGGCGUUCAGGAUGCCGAGACAUCGCAGAGCUCGCAAGAGGCUUUCUCGUUUAGCAAUAAGCGACUCUGUGAGAGGUGGCUGGACAACUUGUUUAUGGUGCUUUACGAGGACCUGCGUGUGUGGACUAUCUUCCGCGCCGAGGUGGCUCAUUUCAAAACACAACAUGUCGCUUAUCGCAAAACGGGCAUGGAAUGGGAGAUCCUUGGAGACCUCGGCAUACGUCUUCAACAUAAAGAGGAAGCCAAAGAAGCUUAUCAGCGAUGCCUGGAUUCGAAUCGGUAUUCACUGAAGCCUUGGAUGAAGCUGUUGGAUGUGUACGCCGAGGAGGGUGAUAUCCAGCGUACCCUUCAGGUAGCCAUUCGCGUUGCUGCAUAUUCGUUUAGCGAAUACGCCGAACAGGCUGUACGUUUCUUCACUUGUUCUGACGGCCUUUGUUCCGUACUGAUCUACGUUGACGCUAGUACCCAUCACAAAUCGCCCGAUGCUUCUUCAAGCUCGGUCAGAUACAUGGACACCAGAAGAUUUCGUAUACCCUGCUGAGUAUGGGCCUGCCGGAACCUGUAGCAAAGAUCAUGGAAAAUUACUUGAUGUAUGGUCGUGUGUUCAAGGUGGAAGGGUGGGAUUUCUGAGUACGCAUGAUGGAUGUGUGGACUCUGUGCUUGUUGUUGUCGAGUUCGUCUGUCGAUGUUGAGAGUAUACUUAGUGUACAUGGCCCCUUUUCGUCUACUGCCUUGUUUUCCUUUCCGUCUUGUCUCUGUUGGUUCGUCCUAUAUAUUAUUGUGUUCUCCAGGCUGCCAUACAACCACGACAAUGCGUGUA